CAACCAAACUGAUUGAAACUCAUUUGUUCUCUCUCUCUCUCUCUCAAAUCCACUCUCUCUCUUUCUCUUCUCCUCUCUGUGUCUCCAUCGCCAUGGCUGAUGAUAAGGAGAUGCCUGCUGCUGUAGUUGAUGGACAUGAUCAAGUCACUGGUCAUAUAAUUUCCACCACAAUCGGUGGCAAAAAUGGUGAACCAAAACAGACAAUUAGUUACAUGGCGGAGCGAGUUGUUGGUACAGGCUCGUUCGGAAUAGUUUUCCAAGCGAAGUGUUUGGAGACUGGAGAAACUGUGGCGAUAAAGAAGGUUUUGCAAGACAGAAGAUACAAGAACAGAGAACUUCAGUUGAUGCGUGUGAUGGAUCAUCCGAAUGUUGUUUGUUUGAAGCAUUGCUUCUUUUCGACAACAAGUAAAGACGAGCUUUUCCUGAAUUUGGUUAUGGAGUAUGUCCCUGAGAGCUUGUAUCGAGUUCUGAAACAUUAUAGCAGUGCUAACCAAAGAAUGCCUCUCGUCUAUGUUAAACUUUACAUGUACCAGAUCUUCCGGGGGCUUGCUUACAUUCACAAUGUUGCUGGAGUUUGUCACAGAGAUCUAAAGCCUCAAAAUCUUCUGGUUGAUCCUCUUACUCACCAAGUCAAGAUCUGUGACUUUGGCAGUGCGAAACAGCUUGUUAAAGGUGAAGCCAACAUUUCUUACAUCUGUUCACGAUUCUACCGUGCACCCGAACUCAUAUUUGGUGCCACUGAGUACACAACUUCGAUUGAUAUCUGGUCUGCUGGUUGUGUUCUUGCCGAGCUUCUUCUCGGUCAGCCAUUAUUUCCCGGAGAAAAUGCUGUGGAUCAGCUCGUUGAAAUUAUAAAAGUUCUUGGUACACCAACUCGAGAAGAAAUCCGUUGUAUGAAUCCACAUUACACAGAUUUUAGGUUUCCACAGAUAAAGGCACAUCCGUGGCACAAGAUCUUCCACAAAAGGAUGCCUCCAGAAGCGAUUGAUUUUGCAUCGAGGCUGCUUCAAUACUCUCCAAGUCUUAGAUGCACAGCGCUCGAAGCUUGUGCACAUCCGUUCUUUGAUGAACUCAGAGAACCAAACGCUCGUUUACCAAAUGGACGACCUUUCCCGCCUCUCUUCAACUUCAAACAAGAAGUAGCUGGAGCAUCACCUGAACUGGUCAACAACACACUACGCAGCCGACGCAAAUCGUCUGCCACUCUUUUUACUCAUCUCCCUCGAUUUCGAACCCCUAACCCUGAGAUGGCGUCGGAGAAGAAGCUCUCGAACCCUAUGAGGGAUAUUAAGGUUCAGAAGCUCGUUCUUAACAUCUCUGUUGGUGAGAGUGGUGAUCGUCUCACUCGUGCCUCCAAGGUGUUGGAACAGCUCAGUGGUCAAACCCCUGUCUUCUCUAAGGCGAGGUACACUGUGAGGUCUUUCGGUAUCAGGCGUAAUGAAAAGAUUGCGUGCUACGUCACUGUUAGAGGCGAGAAGGCAAUGCAGCUUCUUGAGAGUGGCUUGAAAGUGAAGGAAUACGAGCUGUUGAGGAGGAACUUCAGUGACACUGGCUGCUUUGGAUUCGGUAUCCAGGAGCACAUUGAUCUUGGAAUCAAGUAUGAUCCUUCUACCGGUAUCUACGGUAUGGAUUUCUACGUUGUUCUUGAACGCCCGGGAUACCGUGUUGCCCGUCGCCGUAGAUGCAAGGCUCGUGUUGGUAUUCAACAUAGAGUUACCAAGGAUGAUGCCAUGAAGUGGUUCCAAGUUAAGUAUGAAGGAGUUAUCCUCAACAAGUCUCAGAACAUCACUGGUUGAAGAGUUUUUGUCAUUUUGUUUUGUGGUGUUAGCUCUGUUUCAAGUUGUUACGAUUCUGGAUAGUAAGGAUUUUCUUGUUGUGGUAACCUUUUUGACUUCAGU